CACUCAGCAUUUGCUCUCAGUGCAACAAUGAUUGGGUGCCAGCAGUUGGCAGAGUUUCUCAACAUGGGGGACGAUGUUCCUGGCCAAGCGCCCAUCGACUGCCACUACUUCACUGCAUGAUACAAACAUGCAACCCAAAUUGAACCCUGGAUUCCCAUCCUUGCAAUUGCAACCCGGGCCAUGAGGCACAUCCACGCUGUCCAAUUGUUUCUGACAGAGCUGCCGCAAGGAGCUGCUUGCCCCUUCCGUGAGAAAAGAAUGAUGCCAGGGUGACCGCCUGUUCGGCCUCCAAACGCUGCUACUAAGCAGCCCCGGCCUGCAGCAGGAGGCGAAUAGACGCGUCGAGCUCGGUACCAGCGGGUCGGACGUGCCCAGGUGGUCAAAAGAUGCUGGGACUGACCGAAAGGUGUCCAUCCCGUUCUUUCCCUGGUCACCUUUCUCCUUCCAUUCUUUGUGGUUGUUCCCGGCCGCCUCCUGCAUAUCGACUACCCCCUAUUCUACUAGUAUUGUGACCGUUUCUUGCUCGUGAUGGGUGUCUCCUGCAGUGUGAUGGAAGGGAUCUUCGACUAGGAGAGGGAAUCGCAAGUCACGGCGGCCGCCCUCGACGUGCUAAGUCCUGAUCGAGUGAGGCAAGAGCGUCUAUUUUGUUGAUUCAACCCUACGAUAGGUCCAAAUACCGCGCGAACCACGGUCACAGCCAGCACCUCCAAGGCAAAGCUAUAAAGUCAGACCGGACUCCCACGCUUCCCAACCACCUGAGAUUCAAUCCAGCCAGUGCUUACUGUUUCCUCUCUGACAGCCUGAUCGGAUCCUCUUCAAGCAGCUUGCUGGAACAAGACGACUUCUUCAUCUCCCUUCCCGCCUCGCUCGAGCUUGCAUAUUGUGUUUGACACUACACUUCCUGUGCUGGCCACAGGUAUAAACGGGUCGACAUUGGUACAAAGAGAGUCAUCUACACAAUGCAUAUCAGCUCAACCACCGUUACCCUCGUGUUGGCUCUAGCAUCUGUUCAAGGGUCGUCGGCCUUGCCACUUCCAGGGCCUCUUGAUAUCUUCAAGCGCGAGCCAAACCCUACGCCCAACCCGGGCCUGUCGUACUGGAAGGGCGUCAACGAUGGAGGCAGCAGCAAGACAAAGAUACGGCGCUGGCUCAGCCCUAUCAUCGAAAUCAUAGAUAAGAGGGACCCCGGCCUAUCGUACUGGAAGGGCGUCAACGACGGCGGUUCCUCGAAGCGGGAGGCUAACCCCGAGCCCGCCCCCGAACCCAAACUGCCAUACUGGGCGGGCGUUAACGACGGAGGCUCAUCGAAGCGCGAAGCUUCUCCUGAGCCGGGACCCGACCCCGAACCCAAACUCCCAUAUUGGGCGGGUGUCAACGAUGGAGGAAGCUCAAAGAGGGAGGCUUCUCCCCAACCAGGACCGGAACCCGAACCAAAACUCCCAUACUGGGCCGGUGUCAACGAUGGAGGUUCUUCGAAACGCGAAGCAUCUCCUCAGCCAGCACCGGAACCCGAACCCAAACUCCCAUAUCGGGCAGGCGUGAACGACGGAGGAUCCAGCAAAUGAGUCCUCCUAGACCAACAGGAAAGUCGUUAAAUGACGGAGGUUCAUCGAAGCAUGAAGGUGCUCCUGAUGAGGGAGUGGAAGGCACAGCAGGAGCAUUGUUGGGACUCAUGAAUCCUUGACAGCGGCAACCUGAAGCGCAAACCUCUGAAGUCAUGCAUGCUUUACGAUCUAUAUGCUACCAGGAUACGCGGCUUGUUGAUGAUAUGAGGCGCCUGCCCACCUGUAUUAUAUUCGUGCUUUGUUUACGUUAGAGUUUGCAGGGAUGGAGACAUGGUGGAGAACCUGGACCUAGACCUGUUGAAGAUAGGCGGAGGGACAAUUCUUGACUACUUAUGAUGAAGCACACGCUUGAGUUGUUAAAGCGGCCUUUGCGCGGCAGUUGAUGGCUAUAUUGCUUUAGCUCAGUUUGAUAUCAGUUUGGAAGAGCCCAUUGACCGCCAAUGCCAUUUCUUAGAAUCAUACCCAGUAUCGACCUUGUAACAUAGUGGUUUUCCUGGCCGUCAACGUGGACGGUAGGAACCGGGCAGCACCUGGCUAGCAAGGAGGAUGUGUUUAAAGCACUUUCAGGAUCCCUACCAUAGGGACCACUGCAUCCGAGAUUGUUCCACCAUCGAGAUCUUGGUAAGUUUCGUUGAGCGGCGGUUCUGGUAGUUUGAUAUGAAGUUGGACUUGAUGCCUCCAUGCAGAGAUUGACAAGAUGGGUAAAAAGAUUUGGCUUGAGUAGAAGUCGGCCAUAGGGGUAAAAUGCAGCACGGGAGAAGAGAACGGUACGUCUAUCGCAAGAGGCUGUACUGUAGUACACAUCCAAGAAUUGAAGUUG